CAUCAAUAUAAUAUGAUCGUUCCAGCAAUUGGACCUGAAAACAUUAGUAUGAAUAUACAACAUAUGAAAUUUCUCAAGAACUUUACGUACGAAUUUCAUUUGAGUUGGUUUAUAGCAAUGUCUGCCUCAUCAACUUCUUCAAGUCAAUCAAGAAAUUCCGUUCUGGUUUUCUUUUGUAAUACUGUCCAGCAAUCUGUAAAACAACAAUUGAGUAAUCUUUUUGUUUUGCAACUCAAAAACGAACUUUCUAGAAGAACCGUGAAAAUGAAGCAUUAG